UUCUACGUGUUUCCUAUUCUGUGUUUUAUAUGUUUUAUGUUGCACGAUGUCACCAAGAAAAUUUCAUAGUUUGUGAACCUGUUCUCAAACAAUGGCAAUACAAAACUAGUCUGACUUCAGAUUCUGAAACACGCUUCGCAAACACUUAGUAGCAGUUUUUGCCUUGAACGCAGCCUGUCCCGCAGUUGUUACGAUGGUGACGCUGGUGGAGGUGUUGAGCCUCCUGCUGGUGUCCGUGUUGUGGGGCUGCACCAAUCCUUUCCUAAAGAGAGGCACAGAAGGUAUCGAACAUGUCUCCAAGUCCAAUAAAGUCUCUCAGUUCCUGGCUGAGGUCAAGUUUCUCUUCCUUAACGUCAAGUACUUAAUCCCGUUUGUACUGAACCAGACUGGCUCAUUGGUGUACUAUUACACACUCUCCACCACAGACUUGUCAUUUGCUGUGCCCGUGUCCAACUCUCUAACCUUCCUGUGUACUCUGCUCACUGGCAAGUUACUGGGUGAAGACUUUGGAGGCAAACAGGCUGUCGCUGGACUGUUCCUCACCGUGUUUGGCAUUACUUUGUGUGUCAUAAGCUCCAUAGAAGACACUGGCACUCAGCCUGCGUCCUGAUGGCAACUUUUAAAUUUAACUGCACUAUUAGCGCUGAUCUGGCCACUCAAAAUGUAAAUAUUAUUUCCGGCAAGGCCACACUACUCUUCAAUGUUUACUUACAAACUACGAAAAAAAAACAUAUCGGUAAAAAUGUUCACAUUUCAACAAUUAAAUUUCCAACUAGAGAAAA